UCUCUGUUCGGCCCUUUUCGGCUCUCUCUAUCGCUUCUAGCUGUAGAGAAUAGAGAUAUUCCGCAGCCCUCUUCCCUCCCCCCCCCGGGUCUCUCUCUCUUCCCCUCUCCUCCUCCUCUGCGUUCUUCUUUUGUGUUGUGCUUCUUAUAUGUUACCCAUAGAGGGAAGGACAUAAACACCCACAACAGAAGAAGCCCUUUUGCUUUGUAAAAUCAACGUGUCAUAAAAGAAGGGCACAAAAAAAACAAGAAGAAAAGAGCAUGGGAGGUUUUCAAUUUCAUUUGGGUUUUCUCCUGUGUUGUUCUCUGCUCUUGGUUCUUGCUUCUGGGUCAUCCAGGAAUUUGCCCAUCAUAGCCUUUGACGAAGGCUACACACACUUGUUUGGGGACAAUAAUCUGGUCGUCCAUAGGGAUGGGAAAUCGGUCCAUCUCACUUUGGAUGAGCGUACAGGUUCUGGGUUUGUUUCUCAUGAUCUUUACCUUCACGGGUAUUUCAGUGCUUCGAUUAAGUUGCCCGCUGAUUACACUGCAGGAGUUGUGGUAGCCUUUUAUAUGUCAAAUGGUGAUACGUACCAGAAGAACCAUGAUGAAAUAGACUUUGAGUUUCUGGGAAACAUUAGAGGGAAAGAAUGGAGGAUCCAGACUAACGUUUAUGGUAAUGGAAGCACCGGCAUUGGCAGAGAGGAAAGAUAUAAUCUCUGGUUUGAUCCUGCAGAGGAAUUCCACCAGUACAGUAUUCUUUGGACAGAUUCUCAGAUCAUAUUCUAUGUAGACAAUGUCCCUAUUAGAGAAAUCGAGAGGACAGAGUCUAUGGGAGGUGAUUUCCCCUCAAAGCCAAUGACUUUGUAUGCUACAAUAUGGGAUGGAUCUGAUUGGGCUACCAAUGGGGGAAAAUACAGAGUGAACUACAAGUAUGCACCCUAUGUUGCUGAGUUCUCCAACCUUGUCCUGCAUGGUUGUGCUGUUGACCCCAUUGAGCACACGACCAGGUGUGACAUUGCACCAAGCUCCGACACAGUUCCUUCUGGCAUCACACCAGUCCAAAGAAUCAAGAUGGAGAAUAUCAGGAAGAAGCACAUGACAUACUCUUACUGCUAUGACAGAGUCAGAUACAAAGUCCCUCCCCCGGAGUGUGUGAUCAAUGCCCAAGAAGCUGAAAGACUCAGGAAAUUUGAUCCGGUAACAUUUGGUAGUGGCCGGCGCCACCAUGGAAAGCGACAUCAUCAUCAGAGCAGAGGAAGCCAUGCUGAUGCUGCUUCCUUCUGAAAUAUGUUUUGAUUUGAAGAUUCCCCGGUCAUAAAAGCACAAUAUCGUACCGUCUUAUUCUGAUUCAGUUUGAUUUGCCUGGGUCAGCAUUUUCUUAUUAUUUUUCUUUUUUGGUGUAUAGAGAGAGAGAGAGAGAGAGGCAUAGAAUUCAUGAAUAUGAUAGUUUUGAUAUGGUUGUUGCCGUUGGUGGAUGGGUAUGUGUAUAGUCCCAUACCUUUAGGGCUUCCCAGGUUGUCAUUUGAUGAUGUCUUGUGCUUUACCAAAUUGAAUAUCUUGUGAUGAUUUAUGUACUUAUACCACACUCCAGUGUUUCAUUCAAUAAAAUUGAUUUACUUUUA